CGGACCUGUAGUGCGUCACAGCACGAGACGAGAGCAGGGAGUCAUUGACACGGACAGAUUCGGUUUUGGAUUUGGCUGCUCUCUUACUCAUAAUUCGCAGAUAGCAACAAUAAGCAAAUUGGCAGACACGGAGUUACAAUAUUGCUGCACAAAAAGGGAAGAAGAGAAGUAGUGGGACAAGAUGCAGCCUGCAAGUGCGAAGUGGUAUGACAGACGGGACUCUGUCUUCAUAGAGUUUUGCGUGGAGGACAGCAAAGAUGUCAGAAUAAAAUUUGACAAAUCUAAAAUAGAUUUUCGCUGUGUCGGUGGGACAGAUAAUGCCAAACACUUGAACGAAUUGGACCUUUUUGACGCCAUUGAUCCUAAUGAAUCCAAGCACAAACGCACAGACAGGUCUGUGUUGUGUUGUUUACGAAAAACAGAGGCAGGGAAAUCAUGGCCACGGCUAACUAAAGACAAGGCAAAGUUUAACUGGCUCGGUGUGGAUUUUAAUAACUGGAAGGAUUGGGCAGAUGAUUCUGAUGAGGACUUGUCCAGUUUUGAUAAGUUCUCAGAUAUGAUGAACAAUAUGGGAGGAGAUGAUCUACCAGAAUUGGAUGGUGUAGAUGAGCAUGAGCCUGCAGACAGUGAUGAUGAAAAAAUGCCAGACCUUGAGUAGCGGAGCAGAGGAAGUGUUAACAACAGCAACAAGGCAAGUCCCAACGGUUGGUUAAAAAGACUAGAGACAAGAUUGUCACUAAGUGGUAGAGGAAACAUCCCGACUCCUGAAGCAGUUUUCCAUCCCCUCAGAGGACCAUCUCUCUGAACAGUAACAGCCGGACACAGACACCAAGGGCCCUCUUAGCCAUCGGCAGCUCUGUGCUUUGCUGUUCUAUUCUGCAUGGACAAUUCCAUUUCCAUGAUGUGUUGUUGGGUAUAGUUAAUUGUCCAUCUGACUAUAACAAGAUGUGCUAUUGUCUUACACCAUGCUCUCCUUUUUCUUUGCUCAUCCCAAGUGAGGUCCAUAAUUACAAAAAGUGUGAUUUCUAAUGAAGAUGAAGGUUUUAAAGCCGCCUAUUUUCAAUAAAGUUUUCUUUUUUUAAUGAGG